GAGAGAAGGAGGUGAACACGAGCAGUGAGGAGAUUCUGGCAGCAGCGGGAGCUGAGAAUCAGAUUCACCACGAGGAGUGUUGUCACCGUGAGAGACUGUUGGAAGGAUCGCCACGUUAUUCACUCUGUCGGUCUCUGCCAGUCUGUGUGUGUCUGCCAGUCCGUGUGUGUCUCUGCCAGUCUGUGUGUGUGUCUCUGCCAGUCUGUGUGUUGAUCCGUAAAGAACAUUGUGGAGUGUGGACCAUGAAGCCGAAUUGGAUUUUACAUACAAAUCAGCAGAAACAGACUGAAGAGGAUCUUGGGACGGGAGGAGCGUGAUAGCUGGUGAUCUCUGAUAAAAACGAGCAGCAAUAACAGGACCCAUCCAACCACUCUCACUGAGGAAACAAUUAACCUGGCGUGGUUUAUUGACCCGAACGAACAUCUGAAGAAUAUUCAAAUGGACCUCCCUUAAUGAAGGGAGGUGUUCAGGGCAAGAUAGAAACUGGUCAGUACCGAGACAUCUUACCUUCAGCACCAAAACAGAAUCUGUUACUGGGGUAACUGGUCAGUACCGAAACAUCCUACUUUCAACACCAAAACAGAAUCUGUUACUGGGGUAACUGGUCAGUACCAAAACAUAAUUUCUUACUGAAGAAACUGUUCAGCAUGGAACAUGUCUCACUGAGGAAAGUGUUCAGUACCAAAACAACUCCUUGAGGAAACUGUUCAGUACCAAUAUAUCUCUUACUGAAGACAGUUCAGUCCCAGCGAGCUGAGGGGAGUCAGGAUGUUCGGUCCCCGGACGACAUUAAACCCAGAUUGGAUUUGGCUUCGCGUCUCUUUGUGGAGUGGAGGAGAGGAGUGGAGAGAAGAGGUAUCUAUUUGUACUGAUAGUGUGUGAUCGAAAGAGAGAGGACGACAUCGUGAGAUGGCUGAUAAUUCAUCAACGCCAGUAUUGAUAGAAAUACAGAAAUAUGUCAAAUAAUAACAACGUCUCAUCACCGUAAUCAAUCAUCAAUGAACAGACAGUGGACUUAAGAUAAAUGCGUGGAUUCAGGAGAAUGAAAGUCACUAGUUUGGAUGUCAUAUUCAGGGGAGCACAAGUUGUACAAUGGGAGGACAAGUCUCAGACCCUGGCAAGAACAUAGACACUCUUCCUGUAUUGAUUGAGAUUGAGUGAUUUGCGCAACAUGCAAGCGCAACAGGUUAGGUUUGUGCAUGCUAGCGAUUGGUUAGGAUAAGGUUAGCUUUGGGCAUGCUAGCAAAGUGGUCAAGGUUCAGGAUAAGGUUCGUAAACAAAAACACGCCAAAACAACACACCUGGAUUCAAACCACAUUACAAAGUCCUGGAUUCAAAGUCCUGCACACUACCACCUCUGCCACCCUGUUUCCACUAACAGGCUGGAACAAUCGGAAUGGACUGGGAUCUUUGAAUGCCCAGACACUGAUUGAGACUGUCCAUGCACUGGAUAUUCCAACUCAACUGUAAGCUAACAUAACCAGCGAAAUACUACUGUGGAGGUGGAUCUAACAAGUAGACAUUAAGUGGACACUAUGAUGUUGUGUGUAACUGGUUUGAGGAGUGUGAGGUGGACGGCUCGGCCUGGUCAGAGGAGUGUGUGUACGUGUGUGACGCAGGUGGUUCUGAUGUGUCUGACUGUCCUGUCUUCCUGUCUGUACGUCUGGGCUGAAGACCAGAUCAUCUUCGACCACCAUGCUGUCUACUGGAACAGCACAAACCCCAGGUCCUUCUUGAAUUACGGUGACAUUUGGGCAUGGCACUUUGGGAAAAAAGUACUUCUUUCUUCUAGGUUCCACCAUGACUACAGGGUUGCGGUCAAUAUAAAUGACUACCUCGACAUCUACUGUCCAUUCUACACCAAUGGCCCUCCGGCUCACGGUCGAAUGGAACGCUAUAUCCUGUUCAUGGUCAACCACGAGGGGUACACUUCCUGUCAACACAGGAUGAGGGGGUUCAAACGCUGGGAGUGCAACCGUCCUACCGGUCCUGAUGGUCCCCUGCGCUUCUCAGAAAAGUUCCAGCUGUUUACGCCUUUCUCCCUGGGCUUCGAGUUCAGGCCAGGACAUGAAUACUACUAUAUCUCGUCUCCUCAUCCCAACCAUGUAGGGAGGCCGUGUCUGAGGCUGAAGGUGUAUGUCAGACCCCCAGGCAGUUCAGGGUUUGACUCUCCAGAGCCCUUUCUGACUGAUGGAGCUGCUGCAGACUGGAGCCCAGAGUCCCUGCUAGCCCCAGCCCUAAUACCCAGCCUGGCCUCACUGCUACUGGGCUUCCUUUCAUCGCUGUGACCCACCCUCCACUGGAGCAAGACCUAGACCAGAGUCUUUGCUGGAAGACUGCCUGUAGGACUGCCUGGCUGGCUGUCCCUCAAAUUCCCACACACUCAGGGAGAAACUCUCUGUCCUGGAUUAAAAACCACUGUGGGACCCCAGGACAAGCAUUUACAGCCCCUGGGCUAAUUCAUGGAUGAAGAGCCCCUAGUCUAAACUUAACCCUAACCCCCCCUGGGGUGUCUGAAGGGACAUGGAUGGGGGGUGGUGGUAGUUGGCUGGACACGCAUGCAUGACCACUGUGAAUCUGGACUGAACUGACUAAACUGAUGGUGUUCUGUUCUGUUUACAUGAUCACAUAAUUUAACUGAAGAUGGUUCUACGGAUGUCAUGGUUAUAUUUGAAAUGGACAGUUAAUUAGACUUCCAAAGUGCAGAUUCUGAUCUGACACUCAGAAGCCUUCUGAUGGACAGUAAAACAACUCAACUAUAUUUACUGCUGCAACCCUCAGACCACAGAGGGAAGAGGAGAAGGAGGGAAAUAAACUAAGAAAAGGAGAGAAAGAUGUCGGGAAGGGAACAUUAUGAGAAAGCACAGAAACAAACAAGAACACUGACACGUUUCUACCCUGUUUCAUCUUAUUUUUGUUCCGUUUAAAAGCACCAUCAAUUAUUAAUAUGUGUGAGAGAGAGAGAGAAAGAGAGAGAGAGAAAGGAAAGUUUGAUCCCUACUUUAUUCUCUAACCCUAAAACCGUUGAUGAUGACUCAGUAUUCUGUUCCUCUGAUGUUGCGUGUCUUAGUGUGUGUAAUCCGCCGGUAGUUGGUUCUAUCAUGUACAGCAUUUACGCUAAGGCGAUCCCUGCCAUGGUUUAAUGUAUAAAGGUUUUCCUUCACGUCUCCAUCUCAUCAGUUUGUCUCCUGUUCUGAUCUGUUGUUUUUGUCAAGAUGAUGAGACAGGAGAGAAACACACCAAUAAAUAUUGUUUUGUCUACAAAGUGA